AUGUCUUACGACAGUCAAUUAGCCGCCGCCAUGAAAGCUGCAUCUCUCGCUUCUCGCUUAUGUCAGAAGGUUCAGAAGGCUUUGUUGCAAUCUGAUGUCCAUGCAAAAUCUGAUAAAAGUCCUGUCACAGUAGCGGAUUAUGGUUCACAGGCCAUUGUUAGCUUUAUUCUCGAGAAAGAGUUUCAGUCAGUUCCAUUCUCAUUAGUAGCUGAAGAGGACUCUGGGGACCUUCGCAACGAAGAAUCCAGAGAAACCCUGCAUCGCGUAACAGAACUCGUGAAUGAGACCCUAGCUAGUGAUGGGCUGCCAGCUUUGUCUGAGGAACAAGUGCUUGUAGCUAUUGACAAUGGAAAAUCUGAAGGGGGGCCUCAUGGUCAGCAUUGGGUUCUGGACCCGAUUGAUGGCACUAAAGGCUUUUUAAGAGGGGAUCAAUAUGCCAUUGCUUUAGCAUUACUAGAUGAAGGGAAAGUUGUCCUGGGAGUGUUAGCCUGUCCGAAUCUUCCUUUCGCAUCUAUUGCCAGACAUGAUCCAAACAUUUCCGAAGAUAAGACUGGCUGUCUAUUUUUCGCCCAAAUUGGUACCGGAACAUAUAUGCAAAGUUUAGAUGGCUCCCUUCCUACAAAGGUACACGUUAGUGCUACUGAAAACACUGAAGAAGCAUCAUUUUUCGAAUCUUACGAAGCAGCUCAUUCUUCACAUGACUUAUCUAGCUUGAUAGCAAAGAAACUUGGUGUUAAAGCUGAACCCGUCAGGAUAGAUAGCCAAGCAAAGUAUGGAGCUUUGUCUAGAGGAGAUGGGUCGAUAUAUAUGAGGUUUCCUCGCAAAGGUUACCGAGAAAAGAUAUGGGACCAUGCCGCUGGAUACAUUGUUGUUGCAGAAGCUGGAGGUGUUGCCUCAGAUGCCUCUGGAAAAGCAUUGGACUUCUCAAAGGGUCGGUAUCUCGAUGUGGACACAGGAAUAAUUGUCACGAAUCAGAAAUUGAUGCCUUCCCUCUUGAAGGCUGUUCAAGAAUCCAUUAAAGAGACAACAUCAUCUUUGUGA